AUGAAGUAUACAAUUUCAACGUGGAUUAAUGAAUCUAAUGAAGAUUUGGAAAUCGAAGAAGUUCAAAGUAAAUUUGAAGUUAAACGUAUUUCUAGAAAGAAAAAAAUGGCAAGUUAUGAAGCUACUGGUGAUACUAUCAUGAAUGUUGAAAAAAAGUUUACUGUCGAUGCAUAUAACAGAGUGUUUGAUACAAUUAUACAAAGUAUGGAAAACCGAUUUACAAAUGAUAAAGAAAUACUUCUUGAUUUAACAUUAUUAUCACCUGUUCAUAUUGAUUCAUUUGUGAACAGACUACCUAAAAAUGCUUUUGCCAAAUCAGCUGUAAACUUAAAACCAUAUUUUGAUGAAGACAAUAAAAAUGAGAUAAAAUAUAAACUGUGUGAAGAAAUUUUAAGUUUUUCAAAAUCUUGGAAAAAUUUAAAGAAAUCUGUAGAUGAUGAAUAUAUUGGAGAACUGUACAUAAAUAGUGACACAGAAAAUGAAGAUGAGGAUAGAGACAUAUCAAAACUAUGUAAGACAUGUAAAAACUGUAGCAUUUGUUGUUAUAAUGUUUUGAUUAAGUAUAAUCUUUACUCUAAUGCUUAUCCUCCAUUAGCCAUUGCACAUCAGUAUUUACAAACUUUGCCGGUAACCCGAGUGGCCUGUGAAAGGUCAUUUUCUACUUUGAAACGUGUAAACAACCGUUUGAGAAGUUCAAUGACAACCGAACACUUAGAGUCAUUCGUGUUGGCGGCGAUUGCAAAACAGAUUCUCCGCAGUUUAGACAACGAUAUGAUUGUUAAUAAAGCGUGUGACAAAUCCAAAUUGUUUUCUAAACUACUCUUAUGA